AUGUCGCGGCGGCUGUCGCUGCCGGCGGGGUCGCAGGUCACGGUGACGGUGUCGCCGACGAGGGGCAAGGCGGAGAGCCCCGGGGACGGGGUGAUCAAGAGGAGCGGUGGCGGGAUCGGGCUCACCAGCCCGGCGCCGAGGCACUCGCUCGGGGGCGCGGGGUCGUCCACCGUCGCCACGCUGCAGCUCUCGCCCGUGCGCCGGAGCGGCGGCGGGGGCAGCCGCUACGCGUCGCUUCACGGCGGUGCCGGCGUGGAUGACAGCGCCGACGAGUUCGUGCACUACACCGUGCACAUCCCGCCCACGCCGGAGCGGACGGUGGCGGCGUCCGCUGAGUCCAUGGAUGCGCCGGCGCCCAAUGCGUACGAGGACGGCGGCGCGGCGGAGGUGCGGCCGCCGCAGAGGAGCUAUAUCUCCGGGACCAUCUUCACGGGCGGGAUCAACCAGGCCACGCGCGGCCACGUGCUCAACAUCUCCGCCGCCAGCAGCGCCGCCGCCGCGGCCGCGGCCUCCGCCAACAUGUCGUGCAAGAUGCGCGGCUGCGAAAUGCCGGCGUUCCUGGCCUCAGGCGCCGGCGGCGGCGGGCCGUGCGACUGCGGCUUCAUGAUCUGCGGCGAGUGCUACGCGGACUGCGUCGCGGCCGCGGGGAACUGCCCCGGGUGCAAGGAGCCCUACUCUGCGGGGAGCGACACCGACGACGACAACGACGGCGAGGACGACGAGGCCGUCUCCUCGUCCGAGGAGCGGGUACAGCUGCCGCUCACCUCCAUGGCGAAGCGCUUCUCCAUCAUGCAUUCCAUGAAGAUUCCCAGCAACAACGGUGGCGGCGGCAAGCCGGCCGAUUUCGACCACGCGCGCUGGCUCUUCGAGACCAAGGGCACCUACGGCUACGGUAACGCGCUCUGGCCCAAGGACGGGCACGGCGGCGGUGGCGGCGCCGGCUUCGCUGGGUUCGAGGAGCCGCCGAACUUCGGCUCCCGCUGCCGCCGGCCGCUCACCAGGAAGACCAGCGUCUCUCAGGCCAUCCUCAGUCCUUACAGGCUGCUGAUCGCAAUCCGUCUGGUGGCGCUGGGGUUCUUCCUGACAUGGCGCAUUCGGCACCCGAACCCAGAAGCGGUGUGGCUGUGGGCGCUCUCGGUGACGUGCGAGGUCUGGUUCGCCUUCUCCUGGCUUCUCGACAGCCUCCCCAAGCUCUGCCCCAUCCACCGGGCCGCCGACCUAGACGUCCUCGCCGAGCGCUUCGAGCUGCCCACCGCGCGCAACCCCAAGGGCCACUCCGACCUGCCCGGCAUCGACGUCUUCGUCUCCACCGCCGACCCGGAAAAGGAGCCGCCGCUCGUCACCGCCAACACCAUCCUCUCCAUCCUCGCCGCCGACUACCCGGUCGAGAAGCUGGCCUGCUACCUCUCCGACGACGGCGGCGCGCUGCUCACCUUUGAGGCGCUCGCCGAGACCGCAAGCUUCGCUCGCACCUGGGUGCCGUUCUGCCGCAAGCACGGCGUCGAGCCGCGCAGCCCGGAGGCCUACUUCGGCCAGAAGAGGGACUUCCUCAGGAACAAGGUGCGUGUGGAUUUCGUCCGGGAGCGGCGGAAGGUGAAGCGGGAGUACGACGAGUUCAAGGUGAGGGUGAACUCGCUGCCAGAGGCCAUCCGCCGGCGCUCCGACGCGUACAACGCCGGCGAGGAGCUGCGCGCCAGGAGAAGGCAGCAGGAGGAGGCCAUGGCGGCCGGCACCCUUUCCGGAGCAUUGCCUGAGGCAGCGGCGACCGUGAAGGCGACAUGGAUGUCUGACGGGUCGCAGUGGCCUGGCACCUGGCUCACCUCUGCGCCAGACCACUCCCGUGGUGACCAUGCCGGCAUCAUUCAGGCAAUGCUUGCGCCUCCGACGUCAGAGCCUGUGCUGGGCGCGGAGCCGGCGGAGUCCGGCGGACUGAUCGACACGACGGGCGUGGACAUCCGGCUGCCGAUGCUGGUGUACGUGUCCCGUGAGAAGCGCCCCGGGUACGACCACAACAAGAAGGCCGGCGCCAUGAACGCGCUGGUGCGCACGAGCGCCAUCAUGUCGAACGGGCCCUUCAUCCUCAACCUGGACUGCGACCACUACGUGCACAACUCGGCGGCGCUCCGCGAGGGGAUGUGCUUCAUGCUCGACCGCGGCGGCGACCGCGUCUGCUACGUCCAGUUCCCGCAGCGGUUCGAGGGCAUCGACCCCAACGACCGGUACGCCAACCACAACCUCGUCUUCUUCGACGUGGCCAUGCGCGCCAUGGACGGGCUGCAGGGCCCCAUGUACGUCGGCACCGGCUGCGUCUUCCGCCGCACCGCGCUGUACGGGUUCAGCCCGCCGCGCGCCACGGAGCACCACGGCUGGCUCGGGAGGAAGAAGAUCAAGCUGUUCCUGAGGAAGCCCACCAUGGGAAAAAAGACGGACAGGGAGAACAACAACGACAGGGAGAUGAUGCUGCCGCCGAUCGAGGACGACGCCUUCCAGCAGCUCGACGACAUCGAGUCGUCCGCGCUGCUCCCGCGGCGGUUCGGCAGCUCGGCAACAUUCGUGGCGUCCAUCCCCGUGGCGGAGUACCAGGGUCGGCUCCUGCAGGACACGCCUGGCGCGCACCAGGGCCGCCCCGCCGGCGCCCUGGCCGUGCCUCGCGAGCCGCUCGACGCGGCCACCGUCGCCGAGGCCAUCAGCGUCAUCUCGUGCUUCUACGAGGACAAGACGGAGUGGGGGCGGCGCAUCGGGUGGAUCUACGGGUCGGUGACGGAGGACGUGGUGACGGGGUACCGGAUGCACAACCGCGGGUGGCGGUCCGUGUACUGCUUGACGCGGCGCGACGCGUUCCGCGGCACGGCGCCCAUCAACCUCACCGACCGCCUCCACCAGGUGCUCCGGUGGGCGACGGGGUCCGUGGAGAUCUUCUUCUCCCGCAACAACGCCCUGUUCGCGUCCCCGCGGAUGAAGUUCCUCCAGCGCGUGGCCUACUUUAACGUGGGCAUGUACCCGUUCACCUCCGUCUUCCUCCUCGUCUACUGCGUGCUCCCGGCCGUGUCCCUCUUCUCCGGCAAGUUCAUCGUGCAGUCGCUCAACGCCACGUUCCUGGCGCUGCUGCUCAUCAUCACCAUCACGCUCUGCCUGCUGGCGCUGCUGGAGAUCAAGUGGUCCGGGGUCACGCUUAACGAGUGGUGGCGGAACGAGCAGUUCUGGGUGAUCGGAGGGACCAGCGCGCACCCGGCCGCCGUGCUGCAGGGCCUCCUCAAGGUUAUCGCCGGCGUGGACAUCUCCUUCACGCUGACGUCGAAGCCCGGCGGCGCCGGCGACGACGGCGAGGAGGACGCGUUCGCGGAGCUGUACGAGGUGCGGUGGAGCUUCCUGAUGGUGCCGCCCGUGACGAUCAUGAUGGUGAACGCGGUGGCCGUGGCCGUGGCGUCGGCGCGCACGCUGUACAGCGAGUUCCCGCAGUGGAGCAAGCUGCUGGGCGGCGCCUUCUUCAGCUUCUGGGUGCUGUGCCACCUCUACCCGUUCGCUAAGGGCCUUCUGGGCCGCCGUGGCCGUGUGCCGACCAUCGUGUUCGUCUGGUCCGGGCUCAUCUGCAUGACCAUCUCGCUGCUCUGGGUCUACAUCAGCCCUCCUGCGGGCGCCAGGGAGCUAAUCGGUGGCGGCGGAUUUAGCUUCCCGUAG